AAAGCUUCAAUAAAAAAAAAUAGGCGAGCGUUUUAGACAAAAUUAUUAUUUUAACAAUUUUGCUCAAUCGUAACUCUUAUGUAUUUGUAACUGGUUAAAGCAAAAAAUCCUCAAGAUCGAAUUUAAACAAGGGUGUAAUACCGGACCUGAAAGAUGGCAGUAAACGUAUAUUCAACUAACGUGACUUCGGAGAAUCUGUCUCGACAUGACAUGUUGGCGUGGGUGAACGACUGCCUGCAGUCCAGCUUCGCCAAGAUCGAGGAGCUGUGUACAGGCGCCGCGUACUGCCAAUUCAUGGACAUGCUCUUCCCCGGCAGCGUGCCCAUGAAGCGCAUUAAAUUCAAAACGAAUCUAGAACAUGAGUACAUACAAAACUUCAAAAUUUUACAAGCAGGCUUCAAAAAAAUGCAAGUGGACAAGAUAGUACCCAUUGACAAACUGGUGAAGGGUCGUUUCCAGGAUAACUUUGAGUUUUUGCAAUGGUUCAAGAAAUUCUUUGAUGCCAACUACGGAGGCACGGAUUAUGACGCGCUGGCCGCCCGGGAGGGACUCCCGAUGGGGCACGGGGGCGCCUCGGCGCCGCGCGGGGGCCCCAAGAAGCCCGUGGCGCCCGUCGCCAGGGUGCCGGCCAGACCCCAAACCAUCGGCAAGGCCAACACCGCGGUGCGGUCGCCCCCCGUGAACCUCUCUAGGUUAAAUCAAAGUGCGAAAGGCGACUCUAAAGCUCUGGAUGAACUGAACCUUCAGGUAAACGAACUAAAAGCCACAGUAGAUGGCCUUGAGAAGGAAAGAGAUUUCUACUUCGGGAAACUCAGGGACAUAGAGGUGAUCUGUCAAGAAAUGGAAGAACAGCAAACUGGCCCAAUUGUUCAAAAAAUCCUCGACAUAUUAUAUGCGACUGAGGAUGGAUUCGCGCCUCCCGAGGAGAUCGACGGGGACAACCCGCACCCCCCCGAAGAGGACGAGUAUUGAGCAGGGGUUGACGUGUAACAUGUAUUCGUAUCAUAGUGCUCUUUGUAUAUUAACUCGGAAUUAUCUUGCUUAACCAACACCCGUAUCGAGUGCUUAGUAUUUCACAGCCGAUGUCGUGACCGGUGUACAUUACAACCUCGGUUCGUCUACGGACCGCAACAUUAACCCUUUCACUGCUUGUGACGCGAUAUCGCGCUACAAAGUUAGUUAUAUCUGGUAAUGUAUCUCCGGUGAGAGAAAACAUCUGUUCUGUUAGUGUACUUUAUGUAGUAAUUACCUAAUUACGACCAUUCGUGACUAUUUGCAAAAUUACAGCUUGACUUCAAGUGUUGAAGUAAAUUAUAUUUUUUAUAAGAGUUCAUAUGACAUCCCACAGGUAAAGGUACCUUAUGGCGGUUCGCGCUUACGCUAUUAUUAACGCCACUCCAAUAUUAUUGCGGCGCUAUGCGACGUAAGCGCCAGCCGCCAUAAGGUACCUUUUGCUGUGGAACGUCACAUAUUUUUUCGUUGGAGGAAAAAUUGCACUAUUACUGUUUUAGUAUUCAGAAAGUUCUUAUGGUUACUACUUAAAGUGCAACUGUCUACUGAAUGUACUACAACUUUUGAAUAAGGAAAUGUGCAUUCAUUUUCUUAAACGCACAGGAUUCUUCGAAAACUAAAUUAAACAGGUGUUUUGUAUGUGGCUGUGUCAUACCUAAGUGCAUUACUUUAAACACUGAGCAUUGUUUCUUGACUGAUUCUGUCUAUAUCUGUGUAAGUUGUUUCGAUGGUAUAAAUCUUCUUGUAUUGUUUACUCUGUGUCGGCGAGGCGUUAGCUGUGCAGUGUGGUGCAGAAUGUGUGCUUCUUAAUGUCCUUGUAUUUAUCACUUUGGGCCGCCGGUGCCUGAUUACGUGCAUUUAAUAGGUUGUUAAUUAUGAAAUAUUUACUGUUAUUGUACUUGUUUAAUUCUGUUGAAAUUUCGCAGUUUUCUGAAGUAUAUUGAUAACAAAAUCGUUAAAGUGAUGAAAAUGUUAGAUCUGAUGACCGGGGCGGUUAACCCGCGACGGUCACGAGCCAUUUCGUAAAAUUUUGUAAGUUUGGCAUGUAACUGUACUGUUCUAGACGGCUGUGGAAGUGUAUUGUAGGUAAUCGUUCGGUUUAUUGGUCCGGGCCCAGUAUUAAACGAUGUAGUUAAGACUAAAGGACAUUAAUUUAACCGAGAUAUCCGUAAUGGUCCGUAUAUACUACAAUUGUUAACAUAGUAAACCAAUACACGAGAAUGAUUUAUUUGUUUCCCCUUUUUCCGAUGGAAUUAACAAAAUCAAUAGAAAUAACUUUGUCACGUUUUCCUAUGAUAGCGUGCUUGCAGUUGCACCCAGGCUAGGUCGACCACAAGUCGAAUCAUAUUCCUAUUAGGCGAGAUAUUUGAGUAGAUUUAGGUUAUUGACAUGAUAUAGUUUCCUUAAUUACAUGUUUACAUAUGUAUUCAUAUUCAUACUUCUAAUUAUUGAUUUCAAAAUUGCAGGUGUAGGCUCAAUUAAAAUUUUAAUUUACAGUAGAUACCUACAUGCCCUGGCAAAACAAAAUUUUAAUACACUUGUUACAAACUAUAAUUUGGUAACUAAACGAUUGAAUUGACAUAUUAAUUAGCACUCUCAUGAAGCCUGAGUAAGAUUUAAUGAAAUUAGUAUUUUAAGAAAGAGGGUUAUGUAAAAAUUAUAAAUGUAUAUUAUAUGCAAGUAAUACAUACAAAGAACUUUAAAUCAAAAUGGAACAGAUGACCAAGUUUGGUCUCAGCUACUUAUACAAACCAUAAUUAAAUGGUUCCUGAGUCUGCCCUACAAAUUUAAUAAUAAUAAUACUCUAUAAUUUGCAAACAUUUUCUUUAUAUGUAAUACAUUACCCAUAAAUCUGGAAAGUAAUGUUCGUAAAUGUCCAGAUAUUUCAUGUUUCUGUAUAUUUUAUCAUUUUAAAUUUAUCUAAGUACCUAUCUAAUAACUUUAAGAUUAUAUUGAUAAAACUGUAUAUCAAAAUUAUGCAUGAACAAAAUAAGAAGCCUAAUAGAUUUUAGCACAGUAAUAAUAAAAUGAUAAAUACUUAACGAUGUGCUAACACUGAAAUUGAGGAUGACACCAACAAUUUGUUGCCAGAAAUUAAUGACUACAAUAAUUUAUUUUAACUUUUGCAUAUACAUGUAAACUGCCUUAACAUCAGAUUUUCAAUGCCUCUAAUUUCAGAUUGUAAAUGUCUUAUCAAAUAAAUACCUAAAUCUUUAUUAUAAA